UUAAAAAAUACAGACCUUUAUGGAACUUACCAAACAAGCGCGAGAUAAUGGAUGGGAACGAUCAUCACAAUGAUAUUUGUUCUUUUCUUCAUGCUCACUCUGGAUAGAAUUAUCAAGUCUUUGACAAAUUGAUAUAUACCCACAUUUAUAAUCUCAGCCCCAACCUCAAGCAAGCUCACAACUACAAGAAGACCUAUGUUUGGUAGUCCUCCCUGACCUUCAUGGACAAACCCAGAAAAACCCAGUUGGGUUGAUUGGGUAAUUGAUUGGUCGAUCAGGUUUCAUUGAGAGGAGCGAGUGUGAAGGAGAUUACAAGGGAUGCUCUUCUUGAGAGGGUCUCCCAAGAAAGGGAGCUCCGUAAUUAUACGCGCCGGGCUACGGCAUCUGCGAUCUUUAUCCAGAAAGUUUGGAGGCGGUAUAGUGUGACGAAGAUAGUGGCUGGACAGCUCCAAGAGGAGUGGGCAAUGAUGGUGGACUGUCAUGCCAUUUCCGUAACCAGAUCAUGGAUUUCAAACAGUUUCUUGAGACCUUUUCUUUUCUUUGUUACAUGUUUAUCAACUCGAUGUCAGAAGAUACAAACUCAAGACAUAUAUUGUAUGCGGACUUGCUUCAGAAUUUUAUUGGAAAGCAUGAACUCAACCGACCCACAGAAAAAUUUCUGCUCUUUGGCAAUAGGUACAGUAGAAGAAAGAAGGGUAUGGAUUUAUCAAGCACGGAGGCUCAUUUCUCUAUGCUUAUUUAUUCUUGGAAAAUGUGACAACUCCCACCAAGCGAGUCAAGAUAUUGUUGCUCUUACAUCUCUAGCAAUGCGUCUUGCCGUUGUCUUGACUGAUCUGAAGGGUUGGAAAAGCAUUGCUGAUGAUAAACUUCAGGAUGCAGACAUAGCAGUGAAGGAUUUGAUUCAGUUUAUGGGGAGUAAGAAAAGUGGACUGUACAAUCAUGUUAGAAGCUACACUGAAAAUUUGGAUGCUCCUUUUUCUUUGCAAAUGAAUUGUUCUAGCCCAACUGAUGAUCGGUUCUUGAUUACUGCAACUGCACUAACUUUAGUUUUACGUCCCAUUCAAACUGCAAACUUAAAUGACCUCAGCGACUUGGAUGGGCAUUAUGCUGCUGAGCAGUACUGUGCGUUUCUACUUACAAUCCCUUGGCUUGCUCAACGCCUACCUGCAGCGCUCUUACCUGCUCUGCAGCACAAGUCUAUUUUAUCACCUUGCUUCAGGACUAUACUGAUCCUGAAAGAGAAAAUUUUGAAGGAGAUUUCAGAGUUGGAUCAGGUAAAAGUCUUAUCUCAUUCCAAGGCGAUGCCACAAGUCGGUUGGCUUCUUGCAAAUGUUAUAUGCCUUGCAACAGUGAGUGACAACAAUUCUGGGAUUCCUAUAAAGUUCACUCAAGGCUUAGACUGUGCUUCCUAUAUCCAUGUUGUCAUCAUCCUUUCAGAGAACUUACUAACUUGGUUUGAGAAUGCUGGAUGGAUAAGAAAGGAGAACCAACAAUUCGAGUGCCAUUUUGAAACUUCUGCAGAUUCUAUUAAUACACUGCUCUGCGGAACUCGGACAUUUUGUGAGUCCUUGAAGAUGUCAUACAUUGACUUUUAUAAGCCUGUUUAUCAGCAGUGGCAUCUUCUGAAACUACUAGCCUUGGAGAAAGAUGCUUAUGUUCAUGGGGUUGAUAAUCCGCUGCCAAACAAUCUGGUAUAUCUAGAGAAUUGUGAUCUGCUUAAUGUUGCAUAUUAUUAUUCUUACAUGCUAAGAAUAUUUUCGGUGCUGAAUCCUGUGGUUGGGUCAUUACCUGUUCUUAACAUGCUGUCUUUUACUCCUGGAUUUCUUGUUAAUCUAUGGGGAGCACUGGAAAGAUCCAUGUUUCCUGGAAAAAGUCCUUUUGCCGAGGAUAAUAAUCUUUCUGGAAAAAAGAAUGACGGGGUUAGUGAGAGAAAGAAAACACGGGCAGGUAAGGAUGCAGCCAAUAAAUGGGCUGCUGUAUUACAUAAAAUCACUGGUAAAGCAGAUGUUGAUUAUAUAGGUUCAGUAGAGAGUCAACCUAAACCUAACCAGGUUGAUGAAUAUUUAUCUGAUAUAUGGGACAUAGAGCCUUUGAGGCAUGGUCCAGAAGGUGUAUCAAAAGAUAAUUCGUGUCUACUUCAUCUAUUCUGUGCUUCCUACUCACACCUGCUGUUAGUUCUUGAUGACAUAGAGUUCUAUGAAAAACAGGUUCCUUUCACAUUAGAGCAGCAACGAAGAAUUGCAUCGGUGCUUAAUACAUUAGUGUAUAAUGCCUUGUCCCAUAGUAUCAGCCAGCAUAGUAAACCUCUUAUGGAUGCUGCAAUCCGAUGCCUGCAUCUGUUGUAUGAAAGGGAUUGCAGGCACCGGUUUUGUCCUCCUACUUUGUGGCUUUCACCUGCUAAAAAGAAUCGGCCUCCAAUCGCAGUAGCUGCUAGAACUCAUGAAGUUUUAUCAGCUACUCUAAGAGUGGAUGAUGCUUUGACCCUUCCAAGCAUGGGUUCCGUUAUCACUACUACCCCACAUGUCUUUCCAUUUGAAGAAAGAGUUCAAAUGUUCAGAGAAUUUAUCAACAUGGACAAAGCAUCUCGAAGAAUGGCCGGUGAAGUUCUUGGACCUGGUUCACGAUCAGUCGAGAUAGUAAUUCGCCGUGGUCAUAUUGUUGAGGAUGGUUUUCAACAAUUAAAUUCUCUUGGGUCAAGGUUGAAAUCUAGCAUCCAUGUCUCAUUUGUUAGUGAAUCUGGCCUUCCAGAGGCUGGCCUGGAUUAUGGUGGGUUGUCUAAGGAGUUUUUGACUGAUAUAGCAAAAGCAGCCUUUGCCCCUGAGUAUGCGCUAUUCUCUCAGACCUCAACUUCAGACAGACUCCUAAUUCCUAAUACGGCUGCAAGAUUUCUAGUGAAUGGUAUCCAGAUGAUUGAGUUUCUUGGAAGAGUUGUCGGCAAAGCUCUGUAUGAAGGAAUAUUGCUAGAUUAUUCAUUUUCACAUGUUUUUGUACAAAAGUUGUUAGGCCGCUAUAGCUUUCUUGAUGAACUAUCUACACUUGAUCCUGAGCUCUACAGGAAUCUCAUGUAUGUCAAGCAUUAUGACGGUGAUGUCAAGGAACUCUGUCUGGAUUUCACAGUUACAGAAGAAUCACUUGGUAAAAGGCAUAUUAUUGAGCUUAAACCAGGUGGUAAGGAUGUGUAUGUAACAAAUGAGAACAAGUUGCAGUACAUUCAUGCAAUGGCAGACUAUAAACUUAACCGACAGAUAUUGCCUUUAUCAAAUGCAUUCUAUAGAGGGUUGACAGAUCUUAUCGCCCCAUCUUGGUUGAAGUUAUUUAAUGCAAGUGAAUUUAAUCAGUUGCUUUCAGGUGGGAAACAUGACAUUGAUGUUGAUGAUUUAAGAAAUAACACACGAUACACUGGUGGUUAUACUGAAGGGAGUCGGACCAUUAAAAUCUUUUGGGAGGUAAUCACAGGAUUCGAACCAAAAGAGCGAUGUUUGCUUCUUAAGUUUGUAACAAGUUGUUCUCGAGCUCCUUUACUUGGGUUCAAGUACUUGCAGCCAACCUUUACCAUUCAUAAGGUUGCAUGCGAUGUGCCGCUUUGGGCAACAUUUGGAGGGCAGGAUGUGGACCGGCUUCCAUCAGCUUCUACAUGCUACAAUACUCUCAAGCUUCCAACAUAUAAACGGGCAAGCACUUUGAGAGCCAAGCUUCUAUAUGCUAUCAAUUCUAAUGCAGGAUUUGAACUUUCAUAGAAAUCCU